ACUAUCACGUCCCAUAAAGCUCCUGACUGACUGGUGGUCCUCAUCCAGAUUCAAGAUGAGUCUUUCACUUCAACAGACAGCAACAAUCGAAUCGGAGCACCCAGCAAACACAGCAGUUGAAGAGCCGAUGGAAAGGCACAGCUUGCAAGAUGUGCUCGCCUUCGCUAAAGAAAUGAUGGCUCAAAAGCCCAGUCGAGGUCUGCUGAAGGUCUACUUGGUGGGCUCCGUGUUUGCGGUGCUCGGGACGCUCAUCGGAUUGGCCGAGUUGGUGUGUCGACCGCUCUCUUCAGGAGAGCCGCUGGACGCAGAGAUGGUCCUCAUCAUGAUGGACAAAGAGCAGAGGACACAAAAAUCAGAGCGCAAGGUGGAGGAGACUCUGACAAAAGAGCACAAGGACGUCAUCCAGAGCAUACAGACAUUUUCCAAGAGCCAAAGUCAAAGAAAUCUGUGCAAUCGUCUCCAUGCUUCAUAAAAGACACUUUCCCCCUGUGAGGAGACACAUCAACCAGGGGAGGAUCGAGGGUGAUGGGUCAAAUGCAGAGAAUAAUUCCGCCACACCUAGUGUGUGUGAGACAAUCAGUGGCACUUUAACUUUAACUUAACUAUGUGUUGUCUUCUAGACCCAUACACAAAAAGACUAAAUGUAAUGUGGGAAAUAUUAUUUUGGACUCUUAGCUGUCAUGAAUUCUCUCUGUGCAGUUGAGUCUUUUCCUUUUGCACAAGCACUUUCACUUAAAUUGUCCAAGUUUUUGUUCCCUGACGUCAUCUGUUUUCUCUACUUUCUGUUGGUGCCUCAACACACCAACAGGGACAUCUAGUGGGGAAGAUUGGAACUUCUAUUUUUUACAUUUUCCAUGUAUUUCAUUAUGUUGCUUUUUAUAUAUCAAUCUAAAUGUAUGUAUAUAGCCCUUCAUAAAAUAUAAAUAACGUUUCCUUUUUUAAGUUUGUGCUCAUUUUCAAACCAUUAAGCCUUUGAAUACUUGCCUUAUAUCAUUUCCCCCGUGAUAAUAAAUAAAUAAUGAUAAUAAUGUGGUUAAUAAUCAUAAUUAUAUUAAUCAUUUAUGCAGUGAACUUCGCCAAGGCAAAAAGUCUACAAAGUUGUUGCUUUGGUGGUGACGUUGGAAAUGUAUUGAACAUAUUGCAAAUCAUAUACUGAUAAACUGUAAUAAAAUAAUGAUAGGUUGAGGCUGUGUGACAAAUUCAGGAAAUUGUCGAACAGUCAAUCCCCUUAUGAAUGAAGACGAAAUUUUAUGUUAUUUUAUGGACUGGCAGCAAUGACCAGAAAGAAAGAAAUUCGAAAAACAUUUUAGGUUUGGUGAUUAAAUGUUUUUGUUCAUUUCUUAAAUAUUUUUAUUUCUGCUUUCCCUUUGAGUAUUGGUAUAUGGUUAUAUGCCACAAAAGGUGGAUGUACGCCACAAAAGGCGCUUAUACUUAGUGUUUUUUUUUUGGUUAACUGAAAUACAAUACACAUUAAAUGUUAUUAUUUUCUUCCAUCCAUCCAUCCAUCCAUCCAUUUUCUACCGCUUGUCCCUUUUGGGAUCGCGGGGGGUGCUGGAGCCUAUCUCAGCUGCAUUCGGGCGGAAGGCGGAGUACACCCUGGGCAAGUCGCCACCUCAUCGCAGGGUCAACACUUGUUCCACCGUGCUGCCCUUAUUUUCCUACAGCCCAAAAAUAUAUAUAUUGAUAUAAAGCCAUAGACAACUGCACAUCUGAAUGGCCGCAGCAAUGCACACAAAAGGUCAUCAUCCACAAUUCAACCACGUCUCAACUGGUGCCAAACUUGAGAUCAGUCUCCUUUUAAGAAAGCACCCCAUACUUCUUGAAAUUGUACAGAACAGCAAUUAAAUGUCAGCCAAAUUUUCUCCAGUUUAAGGAAAUGAAUUAUAUCUCUAAUCCCUCAGGUGUGUAAGGGAGGCGCUGCAGCCUUCCAGUUAAACACGAUAGGUCUUCUAGCCCAGUGGUUCUCAACCUUUUUUCAGUGAUGUACCCCUGUGAAAAUUUUUUUAAUUCCAGUACCCCCUAAUCAGAGCAAAGCAUUUCUGGUUGAAAAAAAGUGGCAAAGAAGUAAAAUACAGCACUAUGUCAUCAGUUUCUGAUUUAUUAAAUUGUACAACAGUGCAAAAUAUUGCUGGCAUAUUCCGGUGUUUGAAGAUUUAGUUCCGGUCCAAUUUACUUUCCCUUCCUGUUAAUAGUUUGUCCUUGAAGUGACUUGACUCCUGCCUCAGAGCGCUGUUAGGUCCACCUGGGUUGAAUUGUUAUUUAACAGCCUAUUCAAGCCAGCCUUGCAUUUUAGUCAGAACAGCUCUGUUUUUACAAGCCUAACCGUAAGUGUAGUCUUGUUUUGAUUUCUGUUUAGUCUUUUUGUUCGUUUCUAACCACACUAUUGUUCCAUUUUAUGAGCACAUCCCUGCACGAAAUUGUUUAGAGUUUGACUACUGGUGUAAUUAAAUAUUCUUUUACCUGCAA